AUGUGCAUUACAUUCAUUUUCAACAAUCCUAAUCUGGACGCCAAGUAUCGACUGAUAAUUCUUAACAAUCGCGAUGAGCACAUCGAUCGUCCCACUGGCGAAUUGGAAUGGAGAAACGGCAUUUUAGGAGGAAUUGAUGAACAAGACCCAGCUAGAGGAACAUGGCUUGGCAUGAAUGCCCAAGGCAACAUUGGAAACAUUCUAUCCAUCACACAGCCAGCAGCUACCAAGAAAGCUGAAGCUCCUAGCCGAGGAAAAAUCCCUUCAAAUCUGUUGAGGGGUAAUUUAUCUGCGAAAGAGUACUGUGAUGAAUUGGCAAAGGUGGGUACUCAGUACAACGGGUUCCAAUUUUUAGCAUUCGAACGCUCUGAAGAUAAGCAUUAUAACAUGUAUUCGGUAACGAAUAUGUACGUAGACAAAGUCGAAACUGUAGCAUGGCCUAAAGGUGCUGUCGUGAUAAGUAAUAGUCCACCAGCUACUCCCUAUCAGAAAGUUCUUUAUGGAAAAGACAGGUUAGAUAAGUUUGUUGAAAAUUUGACAGAUGACAUGGCGCCAGAGGAUAUAAUCGAUAAACUCUUGGACAUUGGAUGUGAUAGAACAAUUGUUUCUCCGGAUCCUCAAUAUUGUCUUCAAACGGGAUGUGAUGAUGCUUUUUGCGAGCCUUUCAGCUCGAUUUUCAUAAGCUUACCUCCAUCACGAGGCGUGAGGUAUGGCACGCGUUCUCAGAGUAUCAUCAUAGUUGACAAUGAUGAUAACGUAACCUACUUCGAGAAGCGAAUGGUGGAAUGUCCUGCAGUGAUAGAUGAAGCUAAAUGGUCACAGAAGACUGUCAACUUCAAAAUAUCCCCUAGAUCGAACUAA